UAUGGGUUAACGUUUAAGAGAAAAAGAAGAAAAAAAGGAAGAGAAGAGAAACUGCGAAGGGAAAAGGAAAAGAAGGGGAGAAGAAGGGCAGAAGGGAGCAGGGAGAUCAGUCUCAAUUUUGGGAACUCUGACUCAAAAGGAGGUUGCUGUUUACAAAAACAAACCGUGUGGGUUUCUGCAAUCUCUAUUUACCCUCUCCUCCUUUUUGCCUGUCGCCUCCCCGCCCCCCAUCUCUAGAUACCCAGAUGAAGUAACAUUUCCCCUUCCACUCUCAUAACCUUCCUUCUUUUAUGCUUUCAGUUUCAUUCCAUCGCCUGCUUUCUUUCGUUCACCUUUCUUCCCCGUAAAGAAGAAAGAUAAACAAAAAAGAGAAGAGUGCUGCUCACCUCUAUUUAAGCUAGGAUGAGUCUGAAGCCAUUAGUGCCUAGGGUCGUAUGUCGAGAAGAGGACGGCGAGAGGGGGCUCAGAACCUACACUGCGGGACUCUGCAUUCUUCAUCCUAGAUGCAUUUCUUAUGAUCUAUAUUCCAGCUCCUCUCCCUCCAAGGUGAGCAGUUCUCACGACGGUGGUAUCGUGGAUGCCCACCCUGCGUUCUCCUCCCUAUCACUAAACCCGGGUCCCCUUCCUGCUGCUGCAGCUCAUGGGUUUGCGGUAUCAGGUUCCUCGUCAGGAGAGAGCCAGUGCAAGAGUGAGAUAGCCUUUCAGGUGUUGAGCCCACCAGGGAGGAAAGUCUGGAGCUUGGAAUCUGUGGAGGUUGGUGAUCGCACGUCCUCCGAAGGCAUCUGUAAACAGAAAAGCUGCUCUCUCUUGAAUGCCCGUGAGAGGGCUGGUAGUGAAGAAUACAAUGAGGUAAAUCAGAGUAAGGGCGACGGAGGCAGGUGCUCAGCCUGCGAGGAUGUGGCCGAAAAUUUCUUCGUCAAAGAGUCAGACAGUCUCCAGUCUAAAUUAUGUGCUAGGGGCCACUGGAAACCCACUGAAGACAUCAAACUCCGAGAGCUUGUCGCUCAAUAUGGCCCUCAAAACUGGAACCUGAUUGCAGAAAAACUGGAAGGUAGAUCAGGUAAGAGUUGCAGACUGAGAUGGUUCAAUCAGCUGGAUCCAAGGAUAAAUAGAAGGGCAUUCAGUGAGGAAGAGGAGGAGAGGCUCCUGGCCGCUCAUAGAUUAUAUGGUAACAAGUGGGCAAUGAUUGCGCGUCUUUUCCCUGGCAGGACAGAUAAUGCAGUGAAGAAUCACUGGCAUGUAAUCAUGGCAAGAAAAAACAGGGAACAAUCCAGUGCUUACAGGAGGAGGAAAACAGGAUACAACCCUCAUCCUGCGAAAAUGGAGUCAAAUAUUAAUGCAUGUAGCAAGUCCACAAGGGACGACUCAUCAUCAUCUUGCACACCCCUGUCCCUCAUUUCCUCAUCUGCCAGGUUGGAACCCGUUCAUGGCUUCCAACCUACAUUAGGGGUUAUACCCCACCUGGUUCAGAACCAGCUGAAUCAAUACUUUGAAUAUCUCUCAGGCUGUAAUGAUAAAGCAGGAGCAGUCUAUGGAAGAACUUUCGAUGAUUCCAGUGUGGGGUUCGAUGAUGAUCAUUCACCUACUUCGGCGAUGGUGGUAGUGUCGAAUUCUAAAAGCGAGAUCUCGGAGGCAGAGAUAAUGGCGAAGGGGAGAGCGAGUUGGCAGUACGCAGGGGAGACGAACCAGGAUAGCGAGACGAUAAAUCUCCCCUUCAUUGAUUUCCUUGGUGUUGGAGCAACGUAAGACGUAGUGACGAAACCACGGGGCGCCUAGUGAUUCCCUGCGCUUUUGUUCCUGAUACCUGUCUUGGGAACGGGUGAAUGAAGAGUAGAAUGCGGGAAGGGUUUCCUGGGCUAUCACUUCAUGGUGUGCAUACAGAACAAAGAGCAAGAGGAGUUGGGAAGAGGGGCGAAAUGGAAGGCGCUACAAGGAAGCGCAGAGGGUGGACGAUUUUCUGUUCGUUAUCGGACCCAAAAAAGAGCAGACGGUUGUUUUCUUUUUCUUUUUCUUUUUCCUGCUCUAAUAAUCUGGAAAUCAUUUUCCUUGUGAAGACUUCUCCCUUUCCUUCUUUUUUCUCCCAACUUCCAUUCGUCUCCCUUUUGUGCCGAUUUGCCAGUCGCGCUGAGACGAACGCGUUUUAGAUAUUCAGUUUUUUUGCAUUA